GUAUAAGUGUUAGAUGAAGUCAUUCACGUUUAGCUAUCGGGAAACUCUAACAUCAGUAACAUCAAUAGUUGGCAGUGAUUAACGAUCAUUUUCAAGUUUAUAUGGAUUUGAAACAAUCGUAUGACAUUAGGUAAAAACGGGUGCGGAAUCCCAGCUGAAUUGCAAGAUAUAGGAACACUGAUAUGUGAAGCUGAAAGUGAAAACACACUGAAAACAAUAGAAUAGAAGUAUAUUUGAAUCACAAUGUUCCUACAUCAUAAACAAGGCUAGCCAAUAUCAACACACCAAUACAGAGUUUGUGAAUAAUCCAUGUUAUAAUGAUGCCCUGGUCAACAUGUACUCUACCCCUUCUACUAUUCACGUGCUGUUUCAUCCCUCAACUGGUUUUUUCACUUGACGAGUGYAGAAAUAAAACAAAUUCAGUGUGUUCCAGUAGCAGUGGUACUUGCCCUGGCUGUCUCAAGAUCUUAUGGCAAGAGUCAUUAUCAAGAUCACCGUAUGUCCAGAUAAUCAACAACAACACCGAAGGGCUUCUCUUUCAUCUUCUGAUGACUAUGCUAUCUCAGUGCUGUGGUUUUCAAAAUGACGAUUGUGGAGAAGUCAAACACAUCAAAGAAUACCAGUAUGACAUUGGAGAUGUUGGCUUAGAAUACGAUGUUAAGAUGCCAGUACUUGUUAACUUCAAAGAAACUGGCCUUCGUUCACAGAAGAACGUGGUACCCAUGCUUCCUCAUACGGGUGUGGCGUUCGUCGUUCGGAGAGAUCGGAUAGAAAAAGACUAUUCUAUGCAGCUCCUUGGUGCUGUCUUUGGUGCUUGGCCAGUACUCGUUCUCACGCUUUUGCUGUCUGUAUUGGCCGGAGUUAUUGCCUGGGUCCUGGAUACAAGAAAGAAUCCGAACGAAUUUCCGCGUUCCUUUACUAAGGGUGCUAGUGAAGGUUUCUGGUGGGCAUUUGUUUCUAUGACAACUGUCGGGUAUGGCGAUCGGUCACCUAAAUCUCUACAAGGUCGAGCCUUUGCAGUGAUCUGGAUCUUGAUCGGAAUCUGUAUUAUAUCAAUAUUCACUGCCACACUGACUACCUCUCUGACUACUGUAUCACUUGAAAACAAAAUAAGCCUUCCAGGAUCCAAGGUCGCCGCAUUGCUGUACUCUAUCGAAGCCAUUAAUGGAUUUCAGCAACAAGCUGAUGUUCAACGGUGCAGAGACUUUGAAGAACUAAUAGAAGCCUUGGAAUCUAAUACAGUAGAUGGUGCUUUGCUGGAUAGUUAUGUUAUAUCGAAUUACAAGGAGCGUCUGCCAGACUCCAAGUAUAAAGUACAAGAAAUCAUACACCAGGAAAGCAUGGAAUAUGGAGCACAUGUCAAUGACAGCAACUUAGCAGCCUGUAUGAAAAACUUCCGAUAUGCCCAAGAAUCUCUUGUCUAUGAAAUAGUUGAACUAACGAUGAGAAAGCCUAUAGCGAGCGGUGUCAGAGAGGGAUCUCAGUCGUCUCAGAGCGUGUUUGAUCCUGAAAGCGAGUUGUUUGUCCGUACUCUCUACACGUGUUUGGGCGUGGUUGGCUUUGUCCUUAUCCUUGGCUUCAUAUACGAAAUAAUCAGAUACAAAACAUCUGGAUGUCCUUUUAUUUUUCGUCGAGGUUCAAGGAAAGGAGAUCGAUUGACAUUGAACAACGCAAGACCUCCUUUUAUGAACGAAAACACUACAUUAGAUGAAAUGGAGAGAAAACUAACCGAAGAGCUUCAUAAGGCUGUUGGAACGUGGAAAGCAAAAAUGGAAAAGAGAGACAGUUACCUUCACACAGAUGAAGUACUCUCAUCUGUUUGAUAGAAAUGACAUGUAUUAGGUUUUUGCUUAUCCCUUGUGUGCUUGGUGCAACAUAGGGAAACUUUAGUCCUUCAUAAUAUGUGACUUUUAUAAACUUCUACUGCAUGGUCUUCAAAGAGAGAAGAUGAAUCACUUCAUUUUGAUAGCCGGUUAUAAAUAGUCUUCUAAUAGGAGCUAUUUAUGAGGAUCCAGACCAGUUCCACUUUAGCUCACGGAUUUAAAGGACAAAGGCGUUGUAGAGUUGUACUCUUCCAGACAGUUUUUCCCCUCUCAUUCAAUUAUUGGCGGUGUAAGACUAGUGAGAUCACUUACUUUAUCGAUUUUAGCUCAAGUUCCAAGGACAAAGGCGCAAUAUUUCGAGUGCAUGUCUUUCCACUGUCAAUCAUAACCAAACCCGUGCGUCGAGUUGGAUAUUAUCAAUCGCUGUUAAAAUUGCUGAGACAAAGCACUCAUAUAUCUAUUUGAAUGUUCUGAGCAACGAAAAACGCACGCUAAAGAGAAGGAAAGCGUUUUUGUCAGGAAAAGCGACAAGACACAUUUAUUAUCACCUGCAAUUUUAAUAAAGGAAAAAUUAUUUCCUGAUGAUCGCACACUUUAGCAAAAGAUGGUUUUAACUGAACAAGAAGGGAUAAGACCGUAUCGGCAGCGAAACAUCUCCAAUACAGUUCUUGAAAACUGGAAACGGUAGCAACAGAAGGUAUCAAAAUAACAAGAAGAAAUAAGACCGUAUCGACACAGAAACAUCUCCAAUACAGUCCUUGAAAACUGUCGCUACAUUUCAAUGUGGAAUGUAUGUCAAUGAUGGCUCGAUCAUGGAAAAGACGACAUCAUCGUUGAAUAUACUACAUCGUUGUUAUAAAUAUUAUAUAAAAUAGCACUCGUACAACACUACUGGAAAUGCUUGGUAUUAAUAGCCAAGUAAAUGAAUUUCGUAACUCCUAGCUAUUAACAAGUUUCAGUGAAGGGCAAAUACUGCCCGUUAUGUGGUAUCAUCCAUGGAAUGUACUAUUUCUUGGGUGUUAUUAACAUUGGAGGGUAAACACUGUCCGUCAUACUCUAUUGUCAGUACACACUUCUAAUGAAAACUUUUCGAAUAGUAAUAUUCCAAAGGAGACCGGAAAUAGCGUCUAUUGAUCAGUAGUCACCUAUAAAAGGCGAAUUAGCACACAUCUACUGAAUAUUUCUUCUCACAAAAGUUGGUGUAAACUUUUUUCGAGCGAGUACUAGUCAUUUCGAGUAAUUUCAGCACGACACAAACAGCUCUAUAUACGAGAUUAAUUCAAUGGUUUACAUCUUACACAUUUAUUUCAAAAAAACUAUUUUCGUCUCGAAUAUCUUCCAAAGGUAUCGGUGGGUUGUUUCACAGUAUUACUAGGUAAUGUUUCUUAUAUCGUAACGUGAGCCGCGUAAACGAGUUACUAGAAAUAGUGUUUAAUAUUCGUUAAAUUUCGUCGCAGGUUCUAGCAAUCGUUGACGAAGUAGGCCGAGUUUUCCUUUUUGUAACGAUUGCGGUCAAAAUUUCGAAUGUAACACCCUUUUUACUACUUGCAUGGCACCAAACUUGCGAGACAGGUUGCAAAGAUCUGUCUGAUGGGUAGAACUCUUUCAUAAGGAUAUUUGAUUUAAUGAAAGGCUAACAAGAAAAACCUACAAGUGAGAUGUUUUGGUGUUUCAGUAUACAUAACAUACACAAGGAACCCACUUAAAGAAAAAAACUUAUUAAAAAAGACACAUACAUGACUUUUAUUUAAGGUCUAUGGGAUCUCCCCAUGUCCCUGUGUUUGCGCUUUUUAGUAUAGGCUAUUUCCUUGCUGAACGUGGAUUCCUCCAUUUUGAUCUAUAUUAUAAUAUUGCAUUCAUCGCUUAAAGUUGCAGUUAAAUUGCUAGACCAAUUUAAGAUCACGGGUCAUUACCUUGAGUAUUAUCUCUUUAUUCACUGGUAACUUUGAGAACUGUGAUGUCUUAAUGUGGAUAGAGACACAGCGAACAAAAAAUAUUGUUCCCAAGAGAAUACUAUUUGGUCUGAAGUGGUUAAACGUUACACCCAAGACAGAUGCUUUAUUUUUGUUUAUCUUAUAAUCCUUUUUUUUUAUUUACAUAGGCGCAGAUGACACGAGUGAAAAACGUCUGCGCAUGCUCUGAAUCCGUAUGUAAAUUAGUCAAAGUAUUUGUAAAUUUGACUUUCAAACAUGACUGAUAAAUUUGACUUCUCAAAAUGCCAACACUUAGUGUCCAUGCUUGAAACUUAAGGCUAAUUCUUUUAUAUUGUGUUUAUUAAUACAGUAUCUUGGUCUGAAAAAAGUAUACUCGCGAAAUUUUUUGUAUACUUUGAGAUACUCUUCAAAAUUCUUAGAAAACUUGCUGAAAUGCACGCAUGCGCAAACGUUUUUCUCUAGUGUCGGCGCAGAUAGAGUAUUUCUAUCCAAAUGUGAUGGGUCAGCCAGCCAUGAAAGGCUAUCUGCGCUUUGUUGUUUCGUUACGUAUGUUCAUAUCCUUGCGUCGCUAGUGAGAACCACGCUAAAGUAGGAAGGAAAAAAAACACCUUUAGUUAUCACUUCUUCAGGAAGGACGCAAGUAAAUGCUAUCGAAUUUUUAUUCCAGUUUCAUUUAGUAAUUAGUCCUUGAGCCCGAAUGGGUUGUACGAGUUAAUAGGCCAUGAGAGCGAGAGGACUAAUUUUUUAAUCAAAUUUAGUCAAAUCCAACUAGUCCGGCAAACAAGUUUUGAAUCAAAGUUAAAAGUAAUGUUUUGGUUUUUCAAAGUUGGCACUUUUCGCUACUAUAAUUUAUAGCCUAGUAGUAGCUUAUCCAAUCAGAACACAGUAUUGAUGAUAGACCACUAGUUGGAUUUGAUUAUAACACAAUAGACAUCUAAGGGAAAGAAGAAGAAGAAGAAGAAGUCAACUUAGUCUUUUUGCAAUUUAAUAACCUCUUUAUUUCUCGCAUGCAAAGUUGAUUGACAUUUUAAUAAAUUAUAAAUUAACAAAUGAUUUCUUGUUUUAGAUAGAUAGGUGCCUUUCUUUUAAGAGGGUAAUCCUUUCAGUAAUAUUAUAAUACACUGUUAUCAAUAGGUUUAUGGUAGUUAUGUUGUAAGUUAUACAGGCACGAUGCGGCAGGACAAGAGAUUUUUUAUUCCAAAAGGAGGAAAUUACAAUGUAUUUUACAACAUGGCUGCCAUGAACCCCUCGAAGUGUAAUCACAUAUUUUUAGCCAAUUAAAUUCUUGUGUCACGGUA